CCGGUGAAGGUGAUGGACUACACAUAUGAUGACGAUCUGGAAGAGCUGUGUCCAGUUUGUGGAGAUAAAGUUUCUGGGUACCACUACGGACUACUGACCUGUGAAAGUUGUAAGGGUUUUUUCAAGAGAACAGUUCAGAACAAUAAAAGGUACACUUGCGCGGAAAACCAGGACUGUAAAAUUGACAAAACUCAGAGGAAGAGAUGUCCCUUCUGUCGAUUUCAGAAAUGCCUCAAUGUCGGGAUGCGCCUGGAAGCGGUCCGCGCUGACCGCAUGAGGGGUGGCAGGAAUAAAUUCGGGCCCAUGUACAAGCGCGACCGCGCACUGAAACAGCAGAAGAAGGCUUUGAUACGCGCCAACGGCUUCAAGCUGGAGUCUACCCCUCCGCUGGUGUCCCCGGCCCAGACUGACUAUGGCUUCACAGGCAGCUUGCCGGGCCUCCACCCCGUUUCCAAGGCCAUGGUGCCCGCCACCCCGGCCUCCAUCACCCCCACAGACUACGACCACAGCCCCUACGCCCCUCCCACCCUCGGCAUGCCCAUGCAGGGCCACGGCCCCUUGCCCAGCCAGUACCAGUACACCUCUUUCCCCAACCGCGCCAUCAAGUCCGAGUACCCCGACCACUACACAAGCUCGCCCGAGUCACUGACGGGGUACCCGUACCCGGACGCCUACCUGCAGGGGUCUCCGCAGCCCCCCAACGUGCCGCAGCUUGUGCUGGAGUUCCUGCGCUGUGACCCGGACGAGCUGCAGGUACAGAGCAAGAUCCUGGCCUACCUGCAGCAGGAACAGAGCAGCCGCAGCAAGCACGAGAAGCUCAACACCUUCGGCCUCAUGUGUCGCAUGGCCGACCAGACCCUCUUCUCCAUCGUGGAGUGGGCUCGCAGCUGCAUAUUCUUCAAGGAGCUCAAGGUGGGGGAUCAGAUGAAGCUCUUGCAUAACUGCUGGAGUGAGCUGCUGGUGCUGGACCACAUCUUCAGACAGGUGCAGCACGGCAAGGAAGGCAGCCUGCUGCUGGUCACCGGACAGGAAAUUGAGAUCGCGACCAUUGUGGCCCAGGCUGGCGUGACCCUUAACAGUCUUGUGAUGAGGGGGCAGGAGCUGGUGGGGAAGCUGCAGUCUCUGCAGGUGGACCGGAGGGAGAUCGCCUGUUUCAAGUUUCUCAUCCUCUUUAAUCCCGACGUGAAGCUGCUGGAGAACCAGCAGUUCGUGGAGAGCGUGCAGGAGCAGGUGAACGCCGCCCUGCUGGAGUACACGCUCUGUAGCUACCCGCAGUUCCUGGACAAGUUCGGCCAGCUGCUGCUGCGGCUGCCGGAGCUGCGCGCCCUCAGCUCCCAGGCGGAGGACUACCUGUGCUACAAACACCUGAGCGGGGAGGUGCCCUGCAACAACCUGCUCAUCGAGAUGCUGCACGCCAAGAGAGCCUGCGGGUGA